AUGGCUGUGACACCAUGGGAGAGUUAUUAUACAUUGACCGAUGAAAACAAUGGGGAAGAACAAACCCUAUUGCCAAAAGGUGGCGAAGCAUUGUGUGGUGAGAUUGGUGGGUCUAUGGGGGAAGUUGCAGCAUUAUUGGGUUUGGAGGAAGACAUUUAUGGAGGUUUAGGGAGAGAAAAUGCAGCAUUUCCACCAGCCAUGAAUGCCAAUAUUGAACCCUCUAAUGCUAAGAAAGAAGAACAUAAUGCUAGAGAAAGACAAAGGAGGAUGGAGCUUUCUCAAUUGUACUUUUCCCUUCGAUCCUUGCUUCCUAAUGCUCGACGAUCCAAGAAGAGGUGGAGCUCGACGACCAUAAUCGACAAAGUUGUAGAUUACAUUCCCACACUACAAAAGGAGAUUGAAAAUAUGAAGGAAAAGAAGCAAAAAAUGAUAAAAGAGAAAGGAAAGAGUAAUGAAAGAGUAUUAGUGGAUGAAAAGGAAGGGUUAGAAAAUGAUAAUCUAAGUGUUUUGGUGCAUCAAGUUUGCAAAGGAGAAGUGAUCAUCCAAAUAUGCAUAAACCAAAGAAACAAUAUGAUUAAGUUCUCAAAUUUGAUUCAAAAGGCUGAAGAAGAAGGCCUUCGGAUCAUUGGGGCUUCCACAGUUUGUGUUUCUCCUCAUCAUCCAACCCUCACCUCCCAUUUGCAUUUUCAGAUGGAUAGAAGUGUGGAAGAAGGUGAUGAUUAUAAAUCAAUAUUAAGAAAAAGGGUAAUCUCUUGGUUAUGUUGA